CUUUUCUCUCCUGCAUUCGCAUUCGCAUUCAGCUCAGCUCGUCCUGUCCUCGUAACCGUCAGCAUCUGACAGAUCAUAUUCCAUAUAACCAUAGUGAAUUAACAUUUCCUACUGUUACGAAUCUAUCAAAAUGAACGCAUGAAUUAGCGACGCUUGUACGGGAUGUUUUCGCCGCAGUAUCAGGAGAUCGCUGCGACGCCACAGGAGCAGCAGCUUGCUUAUUUCACACCUUACCAGCAACAACAGUAUUAUUCCCCGGCGAUAGCAAAACCAGAGCCGAAAGUGCGAGUGAGCCCAUUAUGGAAAUUUCUUGCUGCUCUGCCGCCGAAUCUAUUGCUUGUGGGAUACCUCAUUCUUCCCGUGGCAUUUAAAGAACCCGGGCCUGAUCCUGAGCCGAAAUCGAACAUGCACAUAAACAAGGCCGCGAUUGCCAUCGCGGCAUCAGUCUUAAUCGCAGUCGCAUAUGUAUCAUCACUGGUAUUAGUCCUAGCUCGGAGCCAUGACGGCUCAUUCGCGAUCACAUCCGUAUACAUCCCCUGCCUCUGCUCCAGCCUCCUCGGUCUCUUCAAUGUGGUCUUCAACAUCGUCGCGCGCAACAUGUUUCCCCUCAAUAGCCUCGAAAAAGUAGGCAUGGGUCUCCCCAGCGCAUUCGGUGUCGUCUACGCCCUAGCCGCGCUCUGGACGUACGGGCAAGACACCAUCUACUCAACCGAAACGCAAACGCAAUCCUUUCCUGAGGCAACGGUUCUGCUUACGGAGGAGGAGAUGCAGAGACGGCAGCUUGUUGCGUUGCUGGAGCAGGGAAGGAAGAAUGGCGGGAAGUCGCCUAAUCCGCGAGAUUUGCAGAGGACAUUUAAGGUGGAUGGGCCAGAGAGGUUGAAUGUUGGGAAUAAUGAGUGGGAUCGGUAUAAGGCGGUGGUGAGGGAGGGCUGAUGUUGAGUUGUAUUAAGCGAACUAUGUAUGUUGAUGAUGGGGCUUCCGUUAUUCUUUCUCGCCUCCAUGAUCGCCCGAUGAAGCAUACAUGGAGAUCUGGUCAGGUCUAGUUAAUUGAGUUCUCUUGGGUCCCUUCAAUCCGAUACAGCUCUGGCAUCAUUGCUCAACCAUGAAGUGGAAGUAUCUUCCAUGAUAUCGGUUAACCGGUCGAGAGUCGGUGAUAUUCGGCAUCACGGCCACUACCGAGAAGCGAGGCGGGUGCAUAGACGAUAAUGCAUUGAUACCUAAGCAAGCAUAGUUGUCAUAUGAAGC